AUGACCACAUAUCCUCUUCUCGACCGCACUCAAGAUGAUAUCCGCUUACUGUCCUUUGUCGCUCCGGAUGAUCCGGGCAUGUCCAUUCGGGCCACGACUACCACCAUCCCGCUCAACGCCGCGGUGAGGUCGAAGUUCAAGGCUUUGUCUUAUAUUCCCGGAGAAAAUCAGGUUGAUCGAAGGACGCUGAUUUUAAAUGGUGAGAGGAUCUGGGUUCCUACGUAUCUGGAUGCCGCGUUGAGAUUGCUGCAUAAUCAUGAGCAGAAGGAUGUUUGGGUCGAUACGCUUUGUAUCAAUCAGGAAGAUGCGGCGGAAAAGAAGGAACAAGCUAACCUCAUGCCACGAAUUUUUGCUGAAGCGGAUGCGGUGAUGGUCUGGCUGGGUGAUAGUUCGAAGUGGACCAAUUCUGCAUUGAACUUUAUGCAGACCUGGGGAAAUGUUGAAUGUAAUUUCAGCGAUGCGGUACAGGUGCAGAAGCUAUGUGACCGACCUGAGUUGUGGAAACGACAGAGUUGGCAGCAGGUCGAAGAUUUAUUCUAUUUACCGUACUGGAGCACGAGGUGGAAACUCCAGGAAAUGGCACUGGCUCGAAAAGUUUUCAUCCUAUGCGGAAAGAAGAAGAUUCCCUUUAGAGACCUCGAGAAAGCGGUCGAAGACUGGAAUGUCUUGAAACAACCAAAAUACGCUCACAUUCUCAAUAAACGAAAUUUCACCAUCAGUCCUGCUGUCGCAGCAUCCUCCACAUUACGAUUGCGCUCUAGUCUACGUCUGCCUCAGAAGAAGAAGAUUAUGACAUGGCUCAGUAAUGACCCAAUGGCUUAUGAGAGGCCAAAGCUAAAACUUUCAGAUUACUCCCUCGAUGAACUAUAUGCGUUGUCGAGGAUUCGAGAGUUUGACGAAUUUACGAUUAAUGAAUCGAUUACUUAUGCAAAGCCGGUGAGGCAGAUGCUAAUUGACUUUGCGGCUAGGAUUAUCAAUGAUUGCGAUGAUCUGGGUAUUUUGGAAUUGGGUGGGAUAGGUAAUUUGGAACCAGAGGAUCGAUAUGAUUUACCGUCUUGGGCACCGACUUGGGUGAAAGGACCAGCAGCUCCGUUGCCGAAGUUGUAUAGUGCAGCUGGAGACUCCAAAGCGGAUUGCCAUUGGGGAGAGGAUGAGGUAUUGGGAGAACAAAACACUCUUCGCUUUUUCGCCAGUGGAAUCAGGUGUGGUAAAGUUCUACAAGUCGACACUGCCGAAACUAUGCUCAGAAACCCAGCCGAAGUCCUUGGCGGAGAAUUCGCUCAAUAUAGAGUAAACGACCAACAUCCAACAGGAAUUCCAGUCAUCCAAGCCAUAUUCCGCACUAUGAUACUCGACCAAUGCCCAGGGUCUAAGAAGAGACUAAACAUCGAAGACCCUAAAUUCUACGACCUUGCAGCUGGUUUCUUAUUUAUGCUCCAACUUAUGAAUCAAGCGAAAAAGGAGGACUUGGUGGAAAUGGCCACGAACUACGAUCUUCGCGUCGAAAGCUCGGGGAAAUAUCCUGAUUUCGUGGAUUCCUUCCUCAAAUACCGACGUAAAAAUCCAAAAUCCAUGACACCCCAACAAAUCAUCCAACCCUUCCUCGGACUCCCAUCUCGUCCACAAACCACGCCAGCUCCUCCUACCUGGCCCGAUCCUAUCAAUCCUCAUCUUGGCUCUAAAAAUCUGCGUCAGUUCAUACUGGAAGCUUCAAGGUGUUUGAAAGGCCGAAUGAUGUUUUCAUUGCCGAAAGGGUAUUUUGGGGUCGGGCCUGAGGGAAUGAGGGUUGGUGAUUUGGUAUGCGUGGUUUGGGGGUGUGAUAGCCCGGUUGUGUUGAGGAGGUUGGAAGAUCAUUAUGUGCUUGUGGGGAAUUGCUUUGUGCUGGGCUUGAUGGAUGGGGAGGCGAGACUUGCUUUUGAGAAAGGGCUUCGGAGGGGGGUUAAGAGGGAGAGGGUUUUUAAUUUGAGAUGA